AUGUCAGAAACAAAUUCUCCAUCAACCUCAGAAGCAUCGCACGCUCGCGGCAGGGGUCGUGGAAAGUCCCGUGGUGGGCUAGGAAAGUACCUCUGCGCACGAGGCCGUGGUCGAGGUGGCCGUCCAGCAGAAUUCCACCAGCGCCUAGUGCUAGAGGGCGAAGAAGUGGUCGAUCUCGACCCUGAUUCGGAAGAGGCGAAAGAGUUUCAAAAGAAGCACUCACGGCGGCAAGUUGGAUCCAAUGCCGAUCGUUAUGUAGAGCUCGAGCCUGAGUUGGAUUCUGAUGGAGAGGAGAUUCGUGAGCAGGAAGUAGACCUAUCGUCAUUUCUUGCGAGACAACGGUUAUCGAACGUGUCGGAGACGCCACAAGUCCUCGGCCAAACAGUGUAUUCCCAUGACUUCAAGGCUCACCGGCACCUACAGGUGCCAAUGAUAUAUUGA